AUUACACUAACAACAAGAUAUACGGCAUAGUGGCAAUUUUAUUUUCGUAAAAAUGAUAAACUGUGCCCCUUGAUAUCUCGAUGUGUUAUUGAGACAUUCUCCAUAAAAAGUAAAGCAGAUAGGGCAUUAGUAAGUAAAGAUUUGUUCAGUAUGGGGUUACUAAUAGUCAUCGCCCUGGUUGCGAUCGCUGUUUUUAUCUUCCGAGAGAUCUACAAGCUUCAGCAUUGGAAAAGGCUAUCAGUGCCAUACGAUGGGGGCGUACCGUUAUUUGGUAACCUGGCGCAGGCAAUGUUACAGAAAAGGGCCAUCGCCCUCAUCCAAAAAGAUUUAUAUGAGAAAUACUCCAAUCAUAGGUACUUUGGGUACUUUAUGUUCACCUGCCCCAGUCUGGUUAUACGCGAUCUUGAUCUUGUGAAGCAGAUUUGUAUUAGAGAUUUCGACCACUUCACCGACCACCGAGAGUUCCUGCCGGUAGACGCGGAUCCAUUCUGGAAUAAAAUAUUGUUUGCCAGAAAAGGUCGCGACUGGCACGAUUUCCGCAAAUUGGUUGCGCCCGCCUUUACGCAAAGCAAAAUGAAGCAAAUGUUUCCUUAUAUGACCGAAUGCGCGGACCGACUGAUUUGCAGCCUUCCCGAAAGUAAGGAGGUAAUCUCGAUGGAUAUCCACGACCUGUUCAUCAAAGUCGCGAACGAUCUCACGUUGAAUUUGGCGUAUGGCAUCAACUGCAAUUCAUUCAACGAUCCCAAUAAUCAAUUUUAUACUAUGGCGAAAAAUGAGUUUGUGUUGUCCCGGAUUAAGGGAUUUAAAUUUUUUGGAGCCGCCAUAAGCAAGCCAUUCGCAAACUUUUUCAAGGUUAGUUUCUUCAGCGAAGAAUCGAAGAAAUUCUAUAAGAAGCUUAUGAAGGAGACCCUUGCGUAUCGAAAGAAGAACGACUUGGUGCGAGUGGAUGUUCUGCACAUAAUGAAAGAAGCCCAAAAGGGCGAGCUUCACUUUGAGAAAGAGGAUGCUGAGGAUGAAAAACUCUUUGAUCCUAAAAACAUGAACGGCCUCGGUAAUAAUCACGCUUCUAAGCUGCGCAUAUCCGAUGAAGACAUCACGGUCCAGCUCAUGGGGUUGUUCUUCUCCAGUUUCGACUCGUUUACCACUUAUCUUUGCAAUUGUGCCUAUGAGUUAACCCUUAACUCAGAUGUCCAAGAGAAACUAAUCAAGGAAAUCGAUCAAACCUGGACGAAGUGCGAAGGAAAAAUCACCUACGAGUCUAUAAUUAACAUGAAAUACUUCGAAAUGGUAUGCCAAGAGACUCUUCGAUUACGUAGUCCCACCGUGUUUUUAGACCGCGUCGUGACAAAGCCCUACACUAUUCCACCGGUGCUGCCACACGAGAAACCCCUACACCUUAAAAAGGGGCAAGACAUAACAAUCCCUGCCUUCUGCUUUACACGCGAUGAACAUUACUUUGAGAAUCCCGAAAAGUUCGAUCCAGAAAGAUUCAGCGAUGAAAACAAAGCGAGCAUUUUACCGCAGACCAUGUUAACAUUUGGUCUUGGUUCAAGAGCUUGCAUGGGAUCCCGAAUGGCCGUGCUUCAAACAAAACUUGUGCUGUUUUACUUCCUGUUGAGAUACCGCUUGGUACCCACCGAGAAAACUGCGAUCCCAUUCCAAAUACACAAGUCCAGCAUUUCUCAAAGCAGUGAGCAUGGAUACUGGUUGGGUUUGAGACAACGUACCGACAGUCCUCACAUGUAAACAUUGUGGAACAAUAAUGAAUGUUUAUUUUUAUGGUUAAUUAGAAAGUAAAAAUUGUGUCAAUUAAUCUGACCGCUUGUAUUAAUUAUGUUAAUUAAAAGAAUUUUUCGGUGCAGAUCCCAUUAAAUCCCUUAGGUUCUGGAACAGGCGUGGA